AGGAGGUGGGGGCUUGAUCAACUGAACAAACUUCGACUAACAGGCAACCUUUGCACAGCUGCACGCCAAUGAGAGCGCUGUUGGGUGGUGACAAGUGUGUUGAUUCUCUCCUGCUGUGGUGCCCUAAAGUCUCGUCCUGCUUUGCCUUCUGGAGAAAUGGGUAUCAAAUGGAAUGGUUCCUUCAUUCCUGUAGCCCUCCUGGUUUUGAGCGUUGUCUCCCUCAUAGCCCUUAUUCUCAGCUUGGUGGGUAUACACAACACCACACUGCCCCCGCAAAAUAAGUACGGACUGGUGUUUGAUGCAGGCUCAUCCCACACCUCUCUGUUUGUCUACCAGUGGCCAGCAGAUAAAGAGAAUAACACGGGCAUGGUCAGCCAGAUCUUCUCCUGCCACGUUAACGCAUCUGGGAUCUCAAGUUUCACCAAAAAUCCACCAAAGGCAGGUGACUCUCUCAGGGAAUGCCUUGAUGCAGCCAUGAAAGUGAUUCCUGCAGAGAGGCAGCGGGAAGCACCCACUUAUUUGGGAGCCACGGCUGGCAUGAGGCUACUGAGGCUAGAAAAUGAGACUGCAGCAGCACAGAUCCUGGCAGAAGUUGACAAGACUAUCCGGGAAUAUCCCAUCAACUUCCAGGGGGCUAGAAUCCUGACAGGGAAGGAGGAGGGUGCUUAUGGCUGGAUCACCAUCAACUAUCUGCUAGACUCCUUCACCAAGUAUUCCCUUGAACAUCGAGACUGGAUUCACCCCUCCUCAGGCAAAACCUGGGGGGCACUGGAUCUCGGAGGGGCAUCGACCCAAAUAAGUUUUGUCCCAGCCGACCCAAUCGUGGAGGAAGAGGAAGCAGCACGGUUCCGACUUUAUGGAUUUGAUUACACUAUCUAUACCCACAGCUACUUGUGCUACGGGCAGAAUCAGGCACUCCUGCAUGCCCUCCGGGUUAUUGUCAAUUCAAGCACCUUGGAUCGCUUUGAACACCCCUGCUAUCCCGUGGGUUACACUGAGAACAUCACAAGGACAUCCUUCUACAACAGCCCAUGUGCCAAACAGCAGGAACCUGCAGCUUCUGGGAAUGUCAUUCUACAAGGCCUGGGUGAUGCCAACAGAUGCCAGGAAACCUUCAAGGAGAUCUUUAAUUUCUCAUGUGAUCACAACACAUCCUGUGGAUUCAAUGGGGUCUACCAGCCAAAAGUCAAUGGAAAGUUCCUGGCUUUCUCUGCUUAUUAUUACACCUUCCGCUUCCUGAAUCUGACUGAAGGGCAACCACUGGCCGCUGUAGAAAAUGCUGUUCGGACAUUCUGUGCCAGAGAUUGGGCAGAGUUAAAGUCAAGUUACCCCAAUGAGAGGGAGUCUCGUCUGAAGAGCUACUGUGCCAAUGCCAAUUAUAUCCUCACCCUCCUCGUGAAAGGUUACGGCUUCCGCAAUGACACCUGGGACAAUAUUGCCUUCCAGAUGAAGGCGGCCAAUUCAGACAUCGGCUGGACCCUCGGUUAUAUGCUCAACCUCACUAACAUGAUCCCCACUGAAUCUCCCCGUCCGCUGAGAGGACAUGAAGAUGGAGUUUGGAUAGCAAGCGUUUUCUUCAUUGUUCUGAUGCUGGCGCUGUGCCUCGUCUUUCUGCUUGUCUAUUUUCUAAAGUGAAACAGACUUCAGACAAUAUGCACCUGGCACUUCAGGAUUGGGGGAGGGUUCAGUCAGGGGAGGGGGCACCUCACUUGAUCUGGAUUCACAGCCAAAAUAGCUGAGACGCUCUCCUUUUGUGGGAAACACUGACUUGGCGACAGUCGGUCCAACCAGCCUAGCCAGCCUCCUGAGGAACACUCUGGGCUUGACAGAAUGGAUGCCAACUCGUUGUUCGCACCACUUGAGUGCUCACUUUUUAUAUGCAGGAACUGCUGAGGUCAAAUUAUUUCCCGCUUUCCUGAGCUCUCGCAGAAUUGAAACAGGUAUUCCCCACUUUAAGCCCUACCUCCACCAGAGACUCACCAGGUAACCUCCGCCUACCUAUUCCAUGUGUCGUGUGAGAAAUCAUGAUAUUGGACCACCUUACAGGACUGCUGUCAACAGUGCAGAGACAAUUUAUGGGAACAGCUUUGAACACUUGAAAGCCACGCAUAUGGCUGCUUGUAAUCCCACCAUGCUGUUCAGACAACUAUCCCCUCUAGUGUUUGCAAACGUUUUGUUGCCAUUAUUUCAUUUCAAUGGUUUCCCACCCAAAAAGACACUGCUUGCCCAAACACUUGUGAAGACAUGACAACAGAAUUAAAAACCUGGGAGCAAGGCCUUUUAUAUCAAA